AUGCAUAAAAUUAAAUAGACUAAAUAGUGUGCUUAAUGUGAAGCAAUGGAUCCUUCUUAUUCAUUCGGAUAAUGCGAACAUCAUUUCUGUUAGGAUUGUUUCAAGCAGAUAUUAACCAAUACUGUGUAAUCUAAGAAAUCUAAAUUUUAAAUUAAGUGCCCCAUUGAUUCAUGCAAACACCAAAUCGACCUAAAAGAACUACUAAAAUAUUUAACAUUGCCAAAUACAUGUAAACGUUGUAAUGUAGAAUAAUCCUAUACUUGCGGAUAAUGUGUCGUAAGUGAAAUAGAAGAGAUAGCAAAAAUCAAUUAUUAUUCUAAAUUGCUAAAAUUUGAAACUCUUAUUAAUUUGGAAUCGUAAUAAGAACUGAAUGAAGAAAUCACAAAGCUUGAAUUAAUAUGUCCAGUUUGUAGAGAAUUCAAUUAAAUUCCAAUUAUAGUUUGCAUGUAAGGUCAUGAAAUUUGCAAAGAUUGUUAUUAUAAUAUCAGAAAUAUAGAAGAUGUGAGACAGGCGUGUCCAAUUUGUAAAUAAGAAUUAUUACCAGCACCUCCAAAUAGUUUGAGAGCAUAAGUUUUAAUAAAAAAUUUAAGUAUAAAAUGUCCUAAUGAUAAUUGCAAAUAGGUAGUCAAGUAUCCAGAAUUUGUUUAGAAUCAUUAUCGAAAUUGUUGUGAAUAAAAAAUAGAAUGUUAAGAUUGCCAUGAAAAGGUUGAGCAAUUAUUUCAAGAUAUUCAUCAUUCAAGUUAUUGCAGGGGAAAUACAUGUCCAUUUUAUUGCGCUCGGAAAUUAGGAGAUCACUAAACUAAUUUUAUUAUGGAGCAUAUAUAGUCAACAAUGAGAUAAAGCGAUGUUGCACAUUCAUUUUUGGUUCGAAUGCAAAUAAUUGAGAAAUUCUUAUUUAGAGGCUCAUUUGGAAGCUGUCCCCAAUGCGAAUUCUAGUAUGCAUGGUAAGUAGAUGUUAGAGGUAUCUAAUAGACAUUUUGUUUUUAUUGUUUUCAAUUUACAGGUUGA